CUAAAACGUUACCAUGAAAUACGUUUAUACUAGUUUUGUAAAAUUUUAGAAAAAUAUACUACUUUGAUAAAUUGCUUUAUAUAAUGACUUAGUUUGGUUAAAAAUUCUAUGCAUCGUCACGUGGAUAACAUUCAAACUACUUUGUUGACUUGCUCCCAAAAGUCUUUUGACGCUCAAGCACAAGUGUGAGAUAGAGGAGGUCGUUGAACAUGAUAUUGUUUCUGCGUUGGACAAGGACAACUCCAACCCUAUAGAGAAUUCAGAGGUCGCUCAUACAAUGUUACCAUGUCAUGUGGCCAAUUGGAUGGUACUUUCGCAACGAUUAAAUUUAAGAGUUAGGAUUAUGACAAAAUCCGAGUUGAAUAAGUUGUGUAUGGAUGGGAACGAUUCAAUGUUUAACGCGGAAGUGCGAUGCAAGCAUGGAAUCUUACUGCAAAUGCAGACGUCUUGGUCAAAUCGCAAUCCCGGAAGACGAUUUUGGUCUUGUCCUCACUAUGAGGCCACAAACUGUAAUUUCUUUAGAUGGAGAGACACGGAGAGAGUUGAUGAAAGAUCUCGUUUUAUUAUUCCUAAAUUGGUGAAUAGGAUUAACGAGUUAGAAAAAAAUUAUGAGCGUGUGAAGAUGCAACUGGAACAGCUUGAUAAUUCCAACAUUGAACAGUCAAAACUAGAGAAAAUUCCUUUGGAUGAAGGUGAAAGUCUUCGAAAUUGUUAUGAAAAUCUGAACAUCAAUUCAAAGGAGAAGGUUGACAACGUAAAAGAAAUGGGUGAAUUGAAAGACAAGAAGAAGAUGAAAGGGAUGAAAAUGAAGAAAACAAAUAAAGGCUGUUGUUUUGGCAAAUUCCUUUGUUGUCUGAUGAUUUGUUUUGUUGUUGUAUUUGUUAGUUUUCUAACCCAAGUUGGUAGGUAUAAGGAUCAUAUAAAAUUGCCAUAAUUUUGUGUGGUACUACAAAACCUUUAUUUGCUCUAUUGUAAUGUAAAAUUGAAUUUGUUUGUGUUUGAAA